AUGGUGCAUUAUCAAAAGAUGCACGUUGUGCAGGCCAUUCAUACGCGAGUGGUACAGGAUAUGCUCGGUGGUCUGCUUGUGUGUGGGCUGGCCGUCACCGUGCUGAUGCGGCACUCGGGCGCGAUCCAGCCCAAUUGGGCGCCGUACGCCAUCGAGGCGUAG